AUGAAGGUGUCAGUGAUGUGUGAUGUGGGUUCUCAGGGGGAGUGGGUCUGGGUGGACUCAGACAUCGGUGUAGCCAUCGGAGCAAAGGUCAAAGAAACCCCAACGGGUCAGCGGCUGCUGGUGGACGAUGAGGGAAAUGAGCGGACCCUGCUCCCGGAGGAGGAGGCCUCCCUCAGGAUCAUGCACCCCACCUCGGUGGAGGGGGUGGAGGACAUGAUCAAACUCGGGGACAUGACGGAGGCUGGCCUCCUGAGAAACCUGCGGCUCCGGUACAGACAGGGGAGCAUCUACACCUACAUAGGCUCCGUGCUGGUGGCAAUGAAUCCAUACCAGGACUUUCCGAUAUAUUCAGGCCAACAGAUGAAGAUGUACCGAGGCCGAAAGCUGGGGGAGCUCCCCCCGCACAUCUUUGCCAUCGCAGAGUCCUGCUACUUUAACAUGACGCGCAAUCAGAUAAACCAGUGCUGCAUCAUCAGUGGGGAGUCCGGAGCGGGGAAGACGGAGAGCACCAAACUGAUCCUGCAGUACUUGGCAGCAAUCAGCGGGGAGAUCUCACAGCAGCAGAUCGAAAAGCAGAUCCUGGAGUCCAACCCCGUCCUGGAGGCUUUCGGGAACGCGAAAACCGUGCGCAACGACAACUCCAGCCGCUUCGGGAAGUAUCUGGAGAUCUUCUUCAACAAGGAGGGGGUGAUCGUGGGCGCCCGCGUGGAGCAGUACCUCCUGGAGAAGUCCCGCGUCUGCCAUCAGUCCCCAGAGGAGAGGAGCUACCACAUUUUUUACUGCAUGCUGGCAGGGAUCACGCACGAGGAGAGAAAGAUGCUGAGGGGUGACUGCAUCGAGUGUGAGGGGAGGAACGAUGCUCAGGACUUCAGCCGGAUUCGUUCAGCGAUGAAAAUCUUGGCUUUUUCAGAAAUCCAGUUUCAGGACGUCCUCAAGCUGCUCGCGGCCAUUUUACACCUGGGGAACGUCAGCUUUGAGGCUUCCGUCCAAAAUAACUUGGAAACCAGCGACGUCUGCAAGUCCGAUCAUUUCACCAUCGCCGCGUCCCUUUUGCAGGCGAGUGUCCCCUUCAAAACGCACGCCGCACACCGGAUGUCCCUCGUGGACAAGUCCUCCCUGGCGACAAGUUUGACCCAUCGCUCCUUCAUGACCAACAGAGAACGAGUGACCAAACCUCUGAACGCCGAGCAGGCUGCUGACUGCAGAGACGCCUUCGUCAAGGCAAUCUACAAUAAGAUUUUCAUGUGGAUUGUUGAAAGAAUCAACGGCGUCAUCUACAAGAAGGUGGUCGGCGGCCGCAGGUCGUCCUUCCUGUCCAUCGGUCUGCUCGACAUCUUCGGCUUUGAGAACUUCCGCACAAACAGGUCAGAGGGACGCUCCUCAGGCCCGUGUGUGCCUUUUUCCUUUUUCUUGUCGAUAACUGUUGGACUUUUCUUGGGUUGGAAGGGCUCAGACCUGACUCUGCUGACCAAAAUGAACCAGCAACACCACCGAGACAAGAUCUUCAUCACCCGGAAGAGUCAGCACGACACAGACUUCGGAAUCCGCCACUUUGCCGGUGUCGUUUACUACAACACCAAUGGAUUCCUCGAGAAGAACAGAGACGCCGUCAGCUUUGACAUCGUGAAGAUGAUCGACACGUCCACCAACGGCCUGCUGCGCCAGAUAUUUGAGCCAAACAACUUAACCAACGGACUGAAUAUCCCCAAGAACACCAGGGUCAUCAUGACUCCCAAGAGCUCAAUACGGGUGAACGAGCAGCAAAAGCAGCUGCCGACGCUGAGCGGCCAGUUCCGCACGUCUCUGGAUUCCCUCAUGAAGGCGCUGUCGGCCUGCCAGCCCUUCUUCAUCCGCUGCUUCAAACCCAACAACGAAAAACAGUCUGAGGUGUUUGACCGGGAGUUGUGCACGCGCCAGCUGAGAUACUCGGGCAUGAUGGACACCAUCCGCAUCAGGAGGCUGGGGUAUCCUGUCCGACACAACUUUGGGGACUUCCUGAGGCGGUACAGGGUGCUCCUAAAGACCACCGUCUGCGACCCCAAAACCAAAAAAGCCUCGGCCUGUUGUGAAGCCAUCUGCCAAGCUGUGAUCAAAGGAAAAGACGAGUGGAAAAUAGGCCGGACCCAAAUAUUCCUGAGGGACGCCCAUGAUGCUGCACUGGAGCAGCUGAGAGAAGAAGAACUGAGCAGGGUCGCCGUGGUGAUCCAGAGGGUCAUGCUCUCACACAAAGACAGGAAGUCUUUCCUGAAUAAGAGGAGGGCAGCUGUGGUGUUGCAGAGGAAUUGGAGGGCUUACAGAGAGAGGAAGAACCAAGCAAAGAGCGCACCUAUCCCACUUUCCCAUCUUCUCCCCUCCUUCUCGAACCAGGCUCGGCAGGGUUUUGAGCGGCUGGCGUCAAAGGUUCGAGCUCGGGAGACUCAGUCGCAUUACCAGAAACAGCGCGUGGCGGCGCUCACCAUCCAGACCCAGGCACGUUCCUCAGCCGUCCUCGUUCCCACACGUCGCAGCCCUUUUGUUCGAGGCUACUUGGCGAGAAAAUCCUGGCAGCAAAAGCAGGAGAUUGCAGCACGACUCCGGGCCGAAACCAGAGGACCCCCGACCAGCGCCGCGGCACAGACAGAGAUGAGGGCUGCCUCUCCUUAUCAAAUGGAGAUAAGAAGUGAUGAUGAUGGUGAUGAUGACGAUCAGAUUGCGUUGGAACUCCAGAGGCGACUGGAAGAGGUUGCUUCCCAGCAAAGUGAGAAAGAGCCAGAGCCCCUAACUUACCUGGAUUCGGCGGACGAGUCCAAAGCAUCAACGCCCCGCAUGGUGGUGGUUGAAGAAAGAACAUCAGAACCGGAGGACAUUCCAGAGCCUGAGGUGGUCAUCUCAAAGGAAAGGCUGGCCGUCGCUACUCCAACGUCUAUGUCCACGACGCCAACCCCUUCGGUGGAUGAGGAUGAAGACGAGUUUGAUGACGAGAGUGACGAGUUUUCAUUCUACAACUUCAGCAUCAAGUACUUCCAGGACAAGCAGAGCCACCAGCACACCACCCAGAGACUCAGGCAGCCCCUCCUGCACCACGACGACGAGGGCGACGCCCUGGCAAGUCUGACCAUAUUUUGGAUUAUCUUGCGAUACAUGGGGGACUUGCCGGAUCCAAAGUCGCCAGACUCCAUAUCGCAGCAAUCUAGCACCAUCUCCCGCCCCCCACCUAGCAGGCGGGGGAGACGGCUGAGCCACCUGGUGGGACUGGACCAGAAAAUACUGAGGAAGAAUAAGAAAAAGCACAGUGGACUCCGGAGAGCCUCGGCUAUUCCCGAAGAGCCAGAAAAUUUGACAGAGGACGAGGAUGUGCUGGUUGGAGAGGGCCCAACACUGGACCGGCCACUCACGACCCUGGAGAAACUCCACGUCAUCAUCGGAUACGCUCUGUCCAGACAAGGCAUACGGGAUGAGAUUUACUGCCAAAUCUGCAAGCAGCUGGUGAACAACAAGAACAGGAAGAGUCGCAUGCAGGGCUGGACUCUGCUCUCCAUCUGCCUGGGGAUCUUCCCCCCAACAGACCUCUUCAUGAAGUAUUUGGAGAAUUUCCUUCGUAAAGCCCAGGGAGGUUACAGGGAAUACUGCACCGAGCGCUUUCGGAGGAUCAGAGCCAACGGGGAGAGGAAAGAGCUGCCCUGUUGGAUAGAGCUGCAGGCAGCCAAUAAAAGGCAGCCCAUAGAUGUGAGUGUGACACUAACGGACGACAGCACGGUCAGUCUACGCCUAGAUUCGGCCUCCACCUCCGCCGAAGUCUGCCAGGCUGUGGCCAACCAGAUUGGGCUCAGAGACACCUACGGGUUCUCCCUGUACAUAAGCCUCUUCGACAAGGCGAGUAAAGGCCUCCCAUUUCCCCUCGAAUUCUGCCCCUGCGGGAAACACGUGCUGGACGCAGUGUCUCAGUGCGAGCAGGAGAUGCGGAGGCAGGGCAACGACGAGAAGGACACCCCCUGGAAACUCUCCAUCCGCAAAGAGCUGUUUGCGCCCUGGCACAACUGCUCCGAGGACUCGGUCAGCACUGAUCUUAUCUACAGGCAGGUUAUCAAGGGCAUCAAAUCCGGAGAGUACACCAGUGAGAAGGAGGAUGAAUACGUCCAGCUGGCAAUGAUGCACCACUACAUCCGGUUUGGCUCGGGGCACAGCACAGACAGCGUCCAGAGGGUGGUGGAAGACUGUAUCGCCACCAGACUCAUUGAAAACAAAUCAAUGACGAGAUGGAUCCAACUCAUCGCCGGCGGGCUCUCGGAGGGUCUGUAUGUGAACGGGAGGCAGAGCCCAGAAAGGGUGAAAGGAGAACUGGUGGACAUCGCCCGGCAGAAGUGGCCGCUCGAGUUUUCGAAGUUCUACGAAGUCACGAUGAUGUCGGGACCGCCUCUGCCCAAAAGCAGGUUUGUUGUGGCUGUAAACUGGUGCGGCAUUGUCUUCAUGGAAAGAAAAGACAGGUCCCUCCUUGAGAUUCCUUACCUGGAGGUAAAGAGCGUCCGAGUUGUGAGUGACAGCCACUUCAGCACGCAGUCGGUGACUUUGACCACGCUCAGAGAAACGUUUGUCCUCAAGUGCACGGAGGCUGAGGACAUGGCAGAUCUGAUGGAGAGCAAUCUGGAGGGGCUCAUGCGGCGCUCUGUUUACGCAGUGGCUCAGCAUGACUUCAGCAAGCCAGACGACCCCAGUUUCCUGGUUUGCAAACGAGGUGACUUGCUGAAGGUGGCCAAAGGUGAGGAUUACUCGCCCAAUGAGAGGUGGAUCAGAGCGACCAACUGCCGGACCACGGGCAGCGGCGCGGUGGACAAGAGCAUCGUGCAGUUUGUGCCAUCCCUCAAAAUGCCCACGGAGGAAAUGCUGGAACUCCUCAGUCCGGGACAGAAGAAAGCCUCAUCCACAAGUAAUUUCCCUGCAGAGGAGACAGUGGCUCCCGUUUCUUUAAAAGACUUUGCGAAUGAGCACUUCAGAGCCGUUGGAAAAGAUAGCAGCCGACACGGUCCAUCGAAAGGGGUCAGCAGGGAGAAACUGUGGGCUGCUUCCGUGGAGCCUCUCAAACAGCCGCUCCUGAAGACUCUGUACAUGGGCGACUACCCCAUCAAACACGCUCGCAGCCCCGUAGGUCUAACCAACCAGAUCUUCGGUCCCCCCACCAAACACGAAGAGCUGCAAGAUGAAAUCUACUGUCAGAUUAUGAAACAGAUGACCAGCAACGGAAGCAGGCUAAGUUUAGAACGUGGGUGGCAGCUGAUGUGGCUCUGCACGGGUUUGUUCCCGCCCAGUCCAAUUUUGAGAAAACACGCUCAGCGCUUUCUGGAGUCACGGCCCAGAGACUCGCUAUCAGCUGAAUGCGUGCAGAGGAUCCAGGAGAUUUGCAGUCGGGAAUCCCGGAAGCUUCCUCCUUAUCAAACAGAGGUGGACGCCAUUCAACAGAACAGCACUCAGAUCUUCUUUAAAGUCCACUUCCCAAACGAAACGGAUGACUUGUUCGAGGUGACCUCCACCACCACGGUCAAAGACCUGCGCUGCAGCAUCGCCUCUCAGCUCAGGCUGACCUCACCCGACGGAUACGGCCUGUAUGUGAAAACGCCACAGAAGGUUAUGAGCCUGGAUGAACAGCAGUAUUUCUUUGACAACCUAAGGCAACCCUUAGAAGUUCCUAAAAAAGCAAAGAAAAUGAAGGAAGCCAUUCAGGCCAACUUGCCGAGCCUGGUGAUCUUCAAAAGAAAGCUCUGGUUUAACGUGACUCCAGGAAAAGACCUGGUCGCAGAUCUCACAUUCCAUUUCCCACAGGAGCUGCCCAAGUACCUGCGGGGAUUCCACAACUGCACCAAAGAGGACAUGAUCAAACUGGGGGGGCUGCUCUUCAGAGUCGCCGUGGACUCCGACAGGUCGCAGUUCGUCAUGAUCCCCAGAAUGCUGAGCGAUCUGGUCCCUGCAGACCAGCUCAAAAUCAUGUCUCCCGAAGACUGGAAGAAGCACAUCAUCUCUUCGUACAACAAGCAGAGUGGCAUCACGGUGCAGGAGGCUAAGAUUGCCUUCCUGAGAGCCAUUUCCUUCUGGCCGACCUUCGGCUGUGCCUUCUUCGAAGUUAAACAAACCUGUGAAUCCAGCUACCCAAGUAUUGUUUUGAUUGCCAUCAGCAAAAAAGGUGUCAGUCUAAUAGAUCCAAAAAGUAAGGAGCUGUUGGUGUUGCAUGAAUUCAACCGCAUCACGGAGUACUUCAGCAAAGGGAACCUUUUCCAGAUGACCAUCCGCACCCUCGUGAGGGGCAUUACCUUCGUCUGUGAGAGCCCACAGGCUUACACAAUGGAGGACCUUGUUAGGUCGUACGUCCGGAUGUAUGAGGGGCAGAAGCAGGCCUUUCGGCCAAAGAACCCCAUGUUCUCCAGAGGUUUCAGCAAAAUACAGCCUGGACCAUUCUGA